UAGUAUUGUAACUUUUAAAGCAGUUUGUUUAUAUUGUUUACGGAUGUUUGGAUGAAACGUUAAUAAACUACAAAUUAAGGACAAACCAAAAAGAAUUAUUGUAAAAUUAUCGUAUUUUAUAAAAGUUUUAUAAAACGGUAAAAUGAAAUAAAAAAAGAUUGAAACUAUCUAAUGAGCGGGGAAAACAUUUUUUUUUCAAUAAUUUUUAAUAGUACAUGAGCUCAUUAAAAAUGAAAAAUGAUGUAAAGUAUGAAUUGAUAGCACCAGACGGAGGAUGGGGUCACAUAUUAAAUAUUGGAGGUAUUCUUAUGGUGGGGUUUACCGUAGUGCCCAUAUCUUCAUUUGCGCUAAUAUUUGGGCCUUAUCUAUCCACAUUUUACGAUGAAAUAAGCGCAACAACAACUGUCUAUUCAGUUUUCAGUACUUCCUUUUACGCCACAGGUCUACUGGCAAAUUUCCUGUUCCUGAAACUGUCUUUUCGGAAAGUAGCAGUAAUGGGGGCGCUUAUCUAUUGUUUUGGAAGCUUCGCUUCAAUUUUCGUAUUUAAUCUACAAUUCCUAGUUUUCUCCUACGGAAUACUUCAAGGCAUUGGUACAGGAUUAAUUGUGCCCGCUGUCAUUGUAGCUACGAACGAAUAUUUCGAUCACCGAAAAAUGGUCGUUUUUGCCGUAUGCCAGGCUGUUGUGGCCCUACUCAGCAUGAUUUAUCCUGGUUUUACAAGACUGAUGCUGGACAAUUUUGGAUUCAGAGGGACCCAAGCGAUAUUCGCAGCCCUCAGUCUACACACAAUUUUAGGAGCUUUAACUUUACAACCAGUGAAAUGGCAUAUGAAAAAAGUUUUAUUAAACAAAGGAGAACACACCACUGGGUCUACCUCUUAUUCGUCAACAUUAAAUGAAAUGGAAUCACAUCAAUUACUUGAUAGUAACGCUAGUGAAAAAUCUUUUGAUAAUAAGGAAAAACAUUUUCAAUCGCUCGAAUCUCUAACCAAUUGCCAUAAAGCCACGCCACAAGAAAACAGAAAAGGAUGUUUCUUACAAAACCUGUUUGAUCUUUCUAUUCUCAAGGAAGCAACCUAUUGGAAUAUAGCUGUAGGUUUAUCACUUUGUAUUACAUCCGAGAUGAAUUUAAUGGCCCUAAUGCCGAUUUUUUUGUCAAAUGUUGGUUUCACUGAUAACGAAAUCACUUUAUUGAUGACCAUUUAUUUCAUGUCCGAUUUGAUAACAAAAAUUAUUAUCAGCGUGAUUACAUUAUUUUGGAAAUUCAAAAGCAGAUACGUAUUCUUGGGUAAUAUUGCCAUCACCGUUGCAUUACGAAUAGUAUUUACUGAAAUUAAUUUGUACUGGUGGACGAUUGUACUGACCGCUUUCCUGGGCAGCUCUAGAUGCAUUAUACAACUCUCUCACCCCAUGGUACUUGCAGAGCUUUACCCCAAACAAUUUUCGAGCGCAUAUUCCCUUUGCAUGGUUUUCACUGGAAUUUCUUCGAUUAUUAUGGGAUCAAUUAUGGGUUUGGUAAAAUACAAAACGCAAAGCGAUGCCAUGGUUCUUCAUGUCUUGACGUUUGUUUGUUUAUUUUGUGCAAUAACAUGGACUUUAGAAUUACUUUAUAAGCGCUUCGUAUUUAAAAAUGUCAAAAAAUAGUUUUAAUUCUUUCAAUUUCCUGUUAAAUAGUAUUUACUUUGUAUUAUGUAGUUUUAAUAAAAGUGUUAUUAAAAAAAAUUAUAAAAUUGUAUAUACUUUUUUCUAUUUGUAAAGCUAAUAAAUA